UGCCUCUCUACCGAGUGGAGAGGAAAGAUGGAGACCGAGUCCCGGGCGCAAACAACAAAUCAGACACAAACAGAUUCAUUAUCUCCAUCCCCUAAUCCUGUGUCACCUGUGCCUUUGAAUAACCCAACAAGUGCCCCAAGAUAUGGAACCGUGAUCCCUAACCGCAUCUUCGUAGGAGGAAUUGACUUUAAGACAAAUGAAAAUGAUUUAAGAAAAUUUUUUUCCCAGUAUGGGUCUGUAAAAGAAGUGAAGAUUGUUAAUGACAGAGCUGGAGUAUCCAAAGGGUAUGGUUUCAUCACUUUUGAAACUCAAGAAGAUGCACAAAAAAUCUUACAAGAGGCUGAAAAACUUAAUUAUAAGGAUAAGAAACUGAACAUUGGUCCAGCAAUAAGAAAACAACAAGUAGGGAUUCCUCGUUCCAGUAUAAUGCCUGCUGCUGGAACAAUGUAUCUGACCACUUCAACUGGAUAUCCUUAUACUUACCAUAAUGGUGUUGCUUAUUUUCAUACUCCAGAAGUAACUUCUGUCCCACCAUCUUGGCCUUCACGGUCCAUAUCUAGUUCUCCUGUGAUGGUAGCGCAGCCAGUUUAUCAGCAACCUGCCUAUCACUACCAGGCCCCAGCACAGUGUUUACCAGGGCAGUGGCAGUGGGGGGUUCCACAGUCUCCUGCCUCUUCUGCUCCAUUCUUGUAUCUGCAGCCCUCUGAGGUUAUUUAUCAACCAGUAGAAAUUGCACAAGAUGGUGGCUGUGUCCCUCCUCCACUGUCUCUGAUGGAAGCUUCCGUACCAGAGCCAUAUUCUGACCAUGGAGUUCAAGCAGCAUAUCACCAGGUUUAUGCUUCCAGCGCCAUUGCUAUGCCUGCACCUGUGAUGCAGCCUGAGCCGAUUAAAGAGCCAAGGUUACACUCUGUGAGAAGAAGCUUUUCUCAUCCUUCAUCUGUGGCUUUGAAACCUCGAUACUCUCGAAGCCCACACUUUCAUCCUAGAAAAGAUUUCAGAGCAGACGACUCAGUUUCCACUCCACCUUCCUGUACUGACUUUGUUAAGUAGACUCUUGGGUAACUGCUUUGUCCAGAAGUAGAAAAUAACUAGGCCUGUAUGUGAUCUAGUAACAAGUGAGGUUUGGGGGUAUGCUUAAGGUUACAUGUUUUUGCUUUUUUUGUUUUUGUCUAUUUGUUUGUUUGUGUUUUUUGUUUUUGUUUUUAAGAAUUUUUAAAAUCUUAGUAGCCAGAAUAUGGGAGAUGCAGUUAAAUAAUUGUUCCUUUUAUUAACUCGGACACCUAAGUAAUACAGAGUUAGAAGCCAUAACAAACAAGAGUUC